CACAUGAAACAGACGCAUGCAUGAUCGACUGCCGUGAAAUUAAGCGCCUGAAUUGAAUCGUCCUUCCUCCAUGGUCAAUUUUGCACCUUGUUAACGUAUGAUUCCUUCGUAUGUCUCACAGUACACAACUAUUAAGUUUAACAUACAGGAAGCGCAGUAGAAGGCAAGCAUUAUAUCCCACAGUGUUUACAAGAUGGAUGAAGAGCCUGGUUAUUCCUCGUCAUCCCAUGAUCUCCUGUCAGCAAACAUGGAAGAAGUCCUAGCAAUGAUUGAUGCCAGCAUUACAGCUGGUGAUCUUGGCCACGCCUUCAGCGGUUACCUCCUCCUGCUCCAAGAUAACCGAACAUGCAGGGAUCGCAUCCACGAUGACUUCACCACGGUUCUUCAUCAGUGGGCGGAGCAGCAGGAGGCUGCUGGCAGGAGGGAGGAGGCUCUAUGGUGCUACGAAGUUUCCAGGAGACUGUGGCCUGAGAAUGCUGAGAUACACAACAGCAUGGGAGUAUUCCUUCACAAAUUAGGCCAGGAAGAAGAGGCAGCGUCAUGUUUUCAGCUGGCACUGGAAAUCGACCCUGGAUUUACCGGUGCCCAGAAAAACCUGACCAAUAUGGUCAGUUCCCCAUUCCUGGGCUGGCAUUUCCCAAUGCUCAAUGACAAGAGAAGGAACUUAGGUUACCAGACUGCCAUUGCCAAGGCCGUUUCAUGUGGGCAUGAUAGGGUACUGGACAUCGGAUCUGGUACCGGACUCCUAAGUAUGUUUGCUGUGAAUGCUGGGGCCAUAUCUGUCCAUGCCUGUGAAGAAUCAAGGGAAAUGUUGAAACUUUCACAAGAUAUCCUCACAGCCAAUGAGAUGCAAGGUAGAGUCCAUCUGCUGCAUAAAUUAUCAACAGACAUGGCGGUGUCAGAUGAUAUACCAAACAGAGUGUCCCUUGUGGUGACGGAAAUCUUUGAUGCUGGACUUUUCGGAGAAGGAGCUGUUACUACCCUGCAGCAUGCAUGGAAACACCUGCUACUGCCACCCAAGACAUCCAGCCCACAGACUCCAGGGUCUUACGGCCGAGUGAUCCCUGCUAGAGCUACUGUCUAUGCCCAAGUUGUUCAGUGUCAGCACGUACGAAAGCAAUACAGAUUAUCGAGUGAGACAAUUUGUAACCUGGACAUGAGGACAGGGAAGAUUGGCUCUAAAUGUCAGAUGUCAGGAUUCCAAGAGGAAUGUUCGAACUCAGAGAGCCCCACAGAGCCUCCCUCAUCGGGGGACCAGGCAAUGGCACAGAGAACUGGACCUCAAAGACAUCUGGGAGGCUCUAAGGAAGAACCUCAUUCCAACAUGGGCUGCCGGAAACCGAUAUCAAAUAUCGAGGACCAGAGGUCAUUGAAGGUCAGCCGUGGAGAACCAUACACCUCGGAGAGGCUCCAAGAGGUUCCUCUGAGCUACCAGGCAUUGACUCCAGCCAUCAAAGUGCUGGAGGUAAACUUUGAGAAUCCUCAGAUUCUCACAGCAGACCAUCCGACUAGUGACUGGAAGCACAUUGACUUCCCCGUCACUGGCAGUGGCCAAGUAGAUGCCAUCCUGUCUUGGUUUGAGCUCAUUCUGGAUGAGACGCAGACACUCAGCAGCUCACCGGACAGUGGGUCCUGCUGGGAGCAGGCAGUCUUCCCUGUGACCCCUCGAAACUACUCCCCCCCAGGGUUAAGGGGGGACUUUGAAGAGGAUCUUUGUGUUAGAAAAUGUGACAACAUUUCUGUAGCUGUAUCUUGCCAAGAUGAGUGCCUUCAUCUCAGAUGUGAAAAGAUUACCCAUCAGGCCGUAUCCAAGAUGGAGGUUUCCCCGACCAGUGCACCAGCUGUGACCCAUGAUGAGGAUAUGGACCACAUGGUGACUAGUUUUGAGAGAAAUCUUGUCACUUCCUCAGACUCACCUGAAAGAACUCAGAAAGAAAAUGGGGCUGGGGUUUCCGAUAUUGAUAUCCAGGCUUUGUAUAUGUUUGAUAUGUGGGAAUCAGAUACGAUUGCUGUCCUGAAUGACCACAAAUUACACAGUGCUUGUUACAGUGCAAUAAAGACCAUCAUUUCUGAAAGCAGACUGCAAGCAAGUAAAGACUCGUCAUCAGGAAAACCAGGAGUCCUGAUGAAACAGCAGAGCACAUCUUCUCACAGUUCCAAAACCUCUUCAAGACCCUCACAGUUUUCUGUGCUGGACUUAUCAAGCUGUGUUUCACUAACCGGCCUUUUUGCCGCCAAGUACUGCCCAUCAACAAGAGUCUGUUUACCAAAUAGCCAACCGAAGGUCAGAUCUCUCAUCAAGACUAUUGCUACAACCAAUAGGAUGGAGGACUGUGUGGACUUUAGGGCAGAGCCACACCCCCUGAGUCCAUCCUCGGAGGCGGCGUGGGACGUGCUUGUGGCAGACUUGGUGGCACCCUGUGGCACAUUGAGGGAACGUGUGCUGGAGGACAUUGCUGUUGGCAGGGUGUGCGCCUUGAAGCCCACAGGCCGAGUCCUACCAGCCACGGUAAAUGUGUUUGCCAUGUGCAUAGAGUGUAGCAGUCUACAGCGAGACAGUGCGGUCCUGGGCACAGACUCCACCAUGGGGCUGAAGAUUCAUGACUUGAUCAACAAAUACAAGGUGUCCACAUUUCUAGACAUUCAUCUAUCAGCGCGUGCCUACAAGCAGCUUAGCAGACCCUUCUUGGCUUUUCAUCUUGACUUCAAUGAGACACCAAACCCUGAAACUGCUGAUCUGCCUAGCUUCGUCAACCAGACCACGACCAACGAGUUUGAGGCCACUGACGAUGGCAAGAUCACAGCUGUACCCUUCUGGUACGACAUUGGCCUGGACCCAUCCAAUCACGUCAACACACUUGACAAUGAGACACACUGGAGGCAGGCAGCUGUUCUGCUUCCAGAGGGGAAGUCUGUCCGGAAGGGGGAUCAGGUGAAAGUGACUGCUAGAAUUGAGGACAGUUCCUUUUUGUUCACUGUUGAGUUGAAGAGGUAGCAAUUUUUAAGAACAAACAUCCAGAUUUUCUCCGAGCAGAAUUUACAAGAGUUAACUCAACUUAUGGGGCACGUGUUUGCUCUCACUUGCUGUCCAACUUCACAAUGCACAAACCUCGAAAACUGCAGUGGCAAAGAUAAAUGUUUAUUUCCUCCAGUCCUCCUUACCCCAUGUUCGUAGAUUUUUGUCUCUCCAAACCUUUAUAUGUAAAAUGAACUCUCAAAGUGAACGCAUUAAGCACACGACUGAGCAUGCAGUUAAGUGCUUUAGACUAUUAACUCUAAUCCACCGUGCUUUUUCAAAAAAAAAUGGAUUGUGUAUCUAUUUUUUAAAAAGGUGAGGAGUAUAGUGUGAAUCCCGCCCAUUUUUUUUAUCAGAACUAACACUAUAUAAAUAAAUCAAAAUUGGCAGUACUUGACAAGUUUUGAUGUUAUAUGUACCAGAUGACACUUGCAUCAUGUACCAUAAUGCCAUCACACACAUAUGAAUUAGGUUUCUGUUUCAAUGUUUUCUCAUUGAAAUAUCUCGUUAUCUUUCAACAGGCAGAUAUUGAAGUAACAUCAAGAAAUCAUAUUCAUGUAUUUGUACUUUUGGACUCAAAUGCAAGAAACAACAAGCCAGUUAGCAGCAAUAGAGCUAUAGGCACCAUUGAUCUUACUAGAAUCUUGUUAGUAAUAUUACAUGUCUCUCUUAGUUUCACCUCUGUCCUUUUUUAAAUAUUAUCUCAAAGUUCACAGUUCAAGUAGUACAACUAGAAUUGUUGAUGAGUCUGGUCUCUCUGGUCAUUGUAAAAAUAGGGGUAUAUUUCAGUGUAAAACUCCACAGAUAUGUGGAGUUGGUAGUGAAGUGGGUAUAAGGGUCAGUAUGUGAAAAGGGCUUGUGUGUGUGAGAAUGCAGAUAUCUUAUAUUUCCAAGUAGGGAUUAUGAAAUGGAAUCACAUAGAUUUUAUGCUGUGUCACCUAGAGUAUAAUUGUAGGGGAUUGUAUUUCUCACGUUAAUACCCAAAAUAAUAUGCAAAUUACUCAGUGGAAAAAAUAAGAUAUAUUUUUCAGUGAAAUAGAUUUUUGUCUCCUGUAUCACAUCUGCAAUGCCAUAUCACCAAACUUUGAAAACUGUAACACAAUGUUGCCUUUUUAAAAGAGUGUGUUAACUUAAAUGUUAUGUAAAUAACAAAGAAUCAAAAGCAUUAAAUGUUGUCAUAUGUAGAGAUAUUGGCAUAUAACCUUUACAGCUCAUGUUUUGCGGUUUAAAUUUUCCUGUGAUUCUUAUGUUUUAAUGGUGAUGAAAACGAAUGCUGCAUAUUUGAA